UCCCCAAGAUGGCGAUGCUGGCGGAGCCUCGUAGAAGGCAAAAGUGGUCUGUAGACCCCCAAAACAGUGCUUGGAGUAAAGAUGAAUCUAAAUUUGGCCAGAAGAUGCUGGAGAAGAUGGGCUGGUCCAAAGGAAAGGGUCUUGGGGCUCAGGAACAAGGAAAUACAGAACACAUCAAGGUUCGGGUGAAAAACGACACGCUGGGCUUAGGAGCUAACAUCAAUCAUGAGGACAACUGGAUUGCUCACCAGGAUGACUUCAACCAACUUCUGGCUGAACUGAAUGAUUGCCAUGGACAGACUGAAACAGAGUCCUCAGUGAACAAUCAAAAGAAGAAAUUCAGUCUGGAAGAAAAGUCCAAAUCUUCCAAGAAACGUGUCCAUUACAUGAAGUUUGCAAAAGGCAAGGAUCUCUCUUCGCGCAGUGAUGAUGAUCUGUCCUGCAUAUUUGGGAAGCGACACAAAAGCAUCAAGACACAGGAGGAUGUUACCGAGCCCAAGUCUCAGGACGAGAAGAAGAGGAACCGCUCAGUAUCUGCGGCUGCAGAGGGUUACAACACAGUGAAGAGCAGCCUUACCGUGCAGGAAUAUUUUGCCAAGCGCAUGGCAAAACUGAAGGGAUCCCAGAAUGAAACAGAAACAGAGGUAGACAAUUCCUGCCCAGCAGCUGAUGAAGCUUUGGAGCCUUCAGAAGAACUGAAAAGCAAAGUCAAAAAGAAAAAGAAGCAGAAGAGAGAUGAGGCAGAGACUGCAGAGCAGUGCGAGAAGCCAAAAGUGAAGCAAGCUAAAACAGGUGGCUUGAAUGGAAAGGAACUGGAUGGUCCAUUAAAUGAAUGUCAGUCAGGGAAGAAGAAAAAGAAACAUAAAGAGCAGCAGGAAGGGGAAGGUGUUAGUUGUGAUGAAAAUAUGGGCAGUGAAGAUAUUCAUACAGGAUUAUCCGAUACAGAAGAUCUAAGCGAAAGGGACUCUGAGGCCAAGCAAAAGAAACGCCACAAGAAGAAACACAAAAGGCAAAAAGAGGAGACAGAUGAGUGUGUGGAAGGAGCACAGAGAAAGAAAAAGAAGCAGUGCAAGCACAUUUAACCAUUUAAGAGUCAAGCUGGGACUCUGAGGUGAUCUAACUUUAAUAUGGUACAGGAGAAGUCUGUAUCAACACAUCAGCCAGACUUCGCUUAUUAAUCCAGUCUUGACCACACUGCUCUACCUCCAGCUGAAACCACAGACUGUGUUUACAUCGACCUCUUUCAAGGAAGAACAGUGGGCAGGACAACAUGAGCUUCAGUUUUAAAAGUUCUCCACUUGUAGGGUCAAGGUUUGCAUGUCUACAAAGCAAGACUUGAUCAAAAUGAAUUAGGCUUUGCCUGUUCCAGUGUGGCAGGCAGUUCACCUUACUGGCUUUGCCAGAAGCGUGUUUUAAUACAGCAGAGCCUGUGCUGCCUUCAGCCCAGAUUCACCCUGGUGCAGGUCCACCCAAGUCAGGUCAUAGCAAGCAAAAUCAGGGCUGGUUUUGACCAUUGUGGGUGAGACUGGGAAAGGCAGUGAAUUACUCUCUGCUGCUUCAUGCAGUCUGUUUUUCUCCAUCAGGGGAAAAAAACCACCACCAAAGUGUCACCCUACUGAUGCCUUUAUUGUUAAAGCCUCUGUUUUCACUUGUGAGAGCCCAGCUCUGCUUCUGGAAACAGGAGGAGGUUUGCAAAGCUCUGUGUGUUUUUUCCCUGAUUUUUUGUAAAGUCCUGUCUAAUUUUUCCACUGAUCCCUAACUUUUGCAUAUAAAACAAACAUUUCUCCCCCCCAAAUACCUGUUCUCAUUGCAGGUUUACACCUGAGUAACUAAAGAAUGAAAUAAAAACUGCC